AUUUCAAUUGUUUCAUUUGUCACACACUCGCUAGUCACAUCACAAGUUCAUCAAUUUCGCACAUUUUUGCCAAAGUAUUUAAAAUGUUUGGUCGAAGCGCAACUGCCUUAUUAGUGAGAAAUCCUUAUUUUAAUAAACCCUCUUUAAUUUUAAGAAAUAUCUCAGUGACGCCGGUGAACAAUGACAUAAUAAAAAUUCAAAGCACCGAGGACUUUAAGGAUAAAGUCAUCAAUAGUAAAGUACCUGUUGUUGUUGAUUUUUUUGCAACAUGGUGCAAUCCAUGCCGGCUUCUUACACCAAGGCUUGAAUCAAUUAUUUCUGAAAAUAAAGGUAAAGUGCUCCUAGCCAAAGUAGAUAUUGAUGAGCAAACAGAUUUAGCACUCGAUUAUGAAGUCAGCUCAGUACCAGUUCUGGUAGCAAUAAAAAAUGGGAAAGUGCAACAGAGAUUGGUGGGCUUGCAAGAUACGGAUAAAUUAAGGAAGUGGAUUGAGCAGUUGUCGUCUGAGGAGUCAGAAGUGAAAAUUAAAGCCUAAAUUAUCGAAGGGAUGGAUAAUACAAUUUUAUUAUUUGUUGAUAUAAAUUAUUGAUCUUGUUACUCAUAAUUAUGUAGUUGGAAUAAAAUUUAGCAAAAGUAAAA